CUUCUUGCAAUUUGUUUGUUUCUUUAAAGCAAUCAUGUUUGAACGUAUGGAUUCGCUUGAAAAUGGCUAUAGAAACACGACGAAGAGGAAUACAAUGAAGCGCAUACUUCGAACCUUUCUUGUUGGCACGAUUUGUGUCACAUCUAUCUUGUGCAUCCUCCAAUUCUGGUGAAUCAACCAUGUGGUCUCCACAACCUCUCGCAACACAGAAGAUAAUUUCAUCUUUUCACUCAGCACAUGGACAAACAUCCACUGGUCCAGCCCCGAAAUCUGGGAUCCCAAACGUCAGGAGGAAAUCCGUAAAGUCAUGCCCGUCGCCGUACAUUCCCACAACGACUACACGCGCAGAAUUCCUCUUUGGGAAGCCAUAGGAUCUGGAUGCGUUAGUGUGGAGGCGGAUGUGCAUUUUGACAGGUCUGAUUUACUCGUUGGGCAUUCUGCAAGGGGGUUGAAGCGGAAGGAGUCGCUUGUGGCUAUAUAUCUUGAGCCGCUGGAGCGAUUGAUCGGGAGUCGUAAUGUUGAUGUUACGGAGGGAGGUUGGCGAGGUGUUUUCGAAAAAGUGCCUGAACAGACACUAGUUUUGCUCGUGGAUCUGAAGACGGAAAGCCGACAGACGCUCCAGGAACUCAGCAGACAACUCCAGCCAUUGCGGGAACUGGAUUACCUUACCUACUGGAAUGGGACGAGCAGAAUAAUGCGUCCUCUUACGGUCGUCGCAUCAGGCAAGGUUGCCUUUGGGGACAUCCUGGCGCUGAAUCCUACUCACCGCGACAUCUUCUUCGAUGCACCGCUGGCAUCCCUUCACACUCCCAAAGACGAUUGGACAACUUCUCCACCGACCCACGCGUACAAUAUCUCAAACUCGUACUACGCAUCCAGCGAACUCAAAGAUGGUAUUAUAAGUCUCGCCAGCGAUGGCGACAAGACCUCAUCACCAGAAGAGCAAGAUGCAUCCAGCAGUCAGCCAGAGCAAGCCAAAUCUCGCGGUCUGGUAUCUAGAUAUUGGGGUUCUGCGGGUCCCAAGUAUCAGACUUCUGAGCAAGUCAUGUGGAGAUAUUUCACCGAGAUCAUCGGGAUUGGGAUUAUCAAUAUGGAUGAUAUGGCUGCGGUGAGGGAUAGGUCUAGAGGGAUGGGAAAGAUGGCGAUUCAAGAGAAGAAUUGACACUGUCCCACUCACGAAUGUGUAGAAUAUGAUAAAAUCCUUAUUGUGCAAGCGUC